AUCACUUAACAACCAACGCCCAUCAGGUCUAUGAAAACCUAGGAACAGCCGUCGUUGCUGAGGCUCUGGAAGACCUGUGCCCGUGAUACCCACCUCUGCUACCCCUGCCUCCACUCCCUCUCUGCUGGAUGCUCAAAAACAAAACAAAACAACGAAACACCGCUAGAGGUUGGGAUUGAUGGUUACGCCCACUGUUCAUAUGCAACUUUUCAGAGAAGGGGGUCUCUCCCUGAAGCUUUCUUAGUAAUUUCACAGUUCAUCAGGUCUUGGACUUAGAGGCGGGUUGGGAAGGAGGAGAAAGUGCAAAGCUCGUCACUAUGGGUAAACUGGAGGUGGGGGGGGGAACAGCGGCAAAGAAGCCCCAGCUCACAGCUGUGCCCGGCAGAGGCCUCUGCGUCGUGGAGAGAGCCAGGGGCUGCCCCGUGGACUCAUUCUCCUUGUGAGGGCAUUUUAUACCCAGAACAAAGAUUUGCCAGGUAAGCUAGGACCACAGGCUGUAGCCUCAGGGCCGACAGGGACAGUGUGGGCUUCGUCGGGUAUUGGCCUUGGGAUCCCUGGCCCUAACCAACCAGGCCAGCCAGCUCCAGACAAGCCCAGAAUCCAAAAGGGGCAACCAGAGCUCUCUGAGACCUGCCCCAUCCAACCACCCGCGCACCCGCCCGCUCAACAGACAUCCCAUCCAGGCUGUAGCAUCUCCGAGACCUCCCUUCCUCUCCUUUCUCACCCCCAUUCUCCUUCAUUUCCUUGACAGCCUGACCCUAAAUCAAGACCAUAACCUUUCAACGGGUCUCCCUGUCUCUGGGCCCUCAUGAGCCGCUGCAUCCCAGGCGCCAUAUACUAAAUGAAUCUCCCUAAAACCUACCCAGGUUCUCUUGAGUGACGGCAGGGUUGCCUACACCAUCCAGUCUGAAUUUCUUGGUCCAGCGCAGAGGCCCACACCACAGGCACUGCAUCGUGACUCUCUCUUUUAGAGUGAGUGACUUCUCAAGAAGAAGAGCUUCGUUUCAGUAUUUCAAAAUCACAUCAAAUGUAAAUUAUGCUUCAAUAAAUUCUCACCGAAAAGUAAUACAAAAACAAACGAAGAGCCUUUGGCCAGUAUGUUUUGCUGUGUGCGUGCGUGUGGGCACACAGACGUGUGCCCGAGCAGGGCUGCAGCUCCAGAGCGCCCCGCGGGGGCCGGGUGGGACCCGCAGGCAGCUCCUGUUCCAUUUGUGAAGCUCUGCACCCCACCUCGGGGCCGCAUCGUCCUGGAAGAAGAGGUGCCUCUUCCUUCUCCAGCCAGGCCUCCGAGCUGAGACGCUUGCCUCUUGGAGGAAAAGGGCCGCCCAAGGCCAGGCCUGGCCCAGGUAAGAUGGCGAAUAAAAUGAGGACUGCUCGUUUACAAGCAGCCCAGGCUCCUCCCUUUCGAUGUGUGAAGGUGUGAGGCAGAGUGACCCUCCAUGAAAUAGAAAUUACAGCACAGCAUCAUUUCCAAGUUCAAAUGCACAUAAGGGUUUUCUAGCCCACCUCUUUAUUCUUUCAGACCACAGCACCGAGAAGGGGGUUACCUGCCCUCGUUUCGCACCUGGUGAGGGGAGACCUUUAAAACUCCACUCCUCUUCCCAGCCUCUCAACCACUUUCCUUCCGGAGCCUCCCAGGUAAGCCUGUGUUUUGUCCCCUACAGCCUGGGAACGCCAGCCCCAGGAGGAGCCCACCCAUCAACCUGAACCACUAUGCCACCGAGAAGAGCGUGGCAGAGAGCAUGCUGGACGUGGCCCUCUUUGUGUCUAACGCCACGCAGCUGAAAGUGGUGCUGGAGCAGGGGCCGUCCUCUCAUCACUACACCACCCUCGUCACCCUCAUCAGCAUCUCUCUGCUUCUGCAGGUGGUCAUUGGAAUCCUCCUCGUGGUCAUUGCUCGACUGAACCUCGAGGUAGAAAACUGGCGACUAAACCAGCUCAACAACGCAGCCGCCACCUUGGUCUCCAUCACCGUCGUCAUCAACGUCUUCAUCAAGGCCUUCGGGGCACAUAAGACUGGGUUCCUGGCUGCCAGGACCUCAAGGACCCCUCUCUGAACACAGCCUAGAAGGUUCUGGGCCGGCCACUGCUUCCUGCUCUCUCCCCCGCUGAUCUGCCAGGCUGAUGGGCACAGUCCACAGCCCCUGGGAGAGCUCCUGGAAGGGCAACGUAGAUACCCUUGCUUCCUACCCUCGGCCCUGGAACAAAGAUGGGCCCUUUUAUCAGCUUAAGUGAACUCAUCUCGGCCUGGUGUCCUGAGCUCGGACUGGGGUACCACCCACCUUCCUCCUGGCAGCAUCUCCUGUACCUCAGGCAUGCAUACGGAAGGCUGGGCCUGCCCAGCUUAAGGACUUUGGUUCUGACCCCACCCCAUUCCUCCACUCUGCUCCAGGCCUGUUUUCCCUUUCUGU